AUGAAUAUUGCGAUUUUUUUCUUUGGUAAUUCCAUUUCGGGAAAACUGCAUUUGUUAAGUGAAAAGGAAUCAGUGUAUUGGUUUAUUUGCAUACCUUUCGACGAGCCGUCGUGCUCAGAAGAGGGCACGACGACCACAACGUCGUCAGUAACGCCGAUCAAUGAGGACACUGGUGGUGGUGGCAGUGGUUCGAGACGAGGUCGAUCCUCGGCGAACGCUAGAAAGAGUAUUUUCUUCGGGAAGGAUAAGGCGGACAUGUUGAAUCGAUUGACAACACUCCGCGAUGAAUUCCAACGACCCGUUGCCAUGUUCCAAUUGGAGGAGCAUUGGACGCAGAUUGUUCACAAAAGCGACCAGUUAAGUAAACGUGCUCAAGAACAGCAAGAGGCCAUCUGGGAGUUCGUCACCACUGAACAUCGAUACCUACAGGUUCGUAUUUUAUUUCAAUCAUCAGUUACUGCUGAAUUGCUUUUCAGGGAUAUAUUUUGUGCAUCUGUGUUCUGA